AUGGCACUGAGCAGGAAAGUGGCACUGGUGACCGGAGGGGCCAUGGGCAUUGGGCAUGCCAUGGUGGAGGAGCUGCUCACCAAUGGGGCCAAGGUGGCGCUGUUGGACUUGAACGCAGCAACUGGAACUAGUUUAGUGGAAAAACUAAUGGAAAAAUUUGGAAAAGACAAAGCUUUAUUUGUUGAAUGUGAUGUUCAGUCUGAACAACAGCUCAAAGCUGCCUUUCAGAAAACCAUAGAGACUUUUGGAGAACUGGACAUUGUGUGUAACAACGCCGGAAUUUUAAAUGAGACUGAGUGGGAGAAGAUGGUGUCCAUCAACCUGACAGCGAUGAUCCGAGUGGCGUACCUCGCACUGGAACAUAUGAGCAAACUGCACAAAGGUCACGGAGGGGUCAUCAUCAACACUGCUUCUAUGGCAGGUCUUGGUCCCCUGCCCAGCUGUCCGGUUUACACAGCCACCAAAUAUGGAGUUGUGGGCUUCACCAGGGCAAUGGCAAUGGCGUCUCUUGGUGCGGAUGAUGGUGUGCGCUUUAAUGCUCUGUGUCCUGGAUUCGUCGACACAAAUCUGUUCACUAACAUCCCUGAAAGAUUGGGCCCAUUUGUGCACAUGAAGGACAUGAUGAUGAAGCUGGUGGACAAACUGGGCAUCAUGGAUGUGACCAAAGUUGCAAAAGGCCUGAUGGAUUUGUUGUUGGAUGAGAAGAAGACAGGCGAGGUGCUCAUAGUUACGCCCAAUGAGACCAAGUAUGCUGAGUUUCAAGUACAUAUCUAAAAACAGUGACAUUUUAAAUGACAUAUUAAAAUGUUAAGUUUUUGAAAUAAA